CCAUUCAUUAUCACACACACACACACAGCCCAAAACCAAAACAAAAAGGCAAAACACACUCACACAGCUAGUAAUGAUAACAACACCAACCAAAAAGCUUCUCUUAUUCAUUUCCAUUUAAUUUAUUAUAUUCCUUCCAUUCUAGUAUUUCAUUUCACCACUUUAUCGUUUCAAAUUUGAAGAGACACGAAAUCUGAGGAGAGAAGUGAGUAAUGGCGGACCAAAAGAACCGCUGGAGUUGGGACGUUGCCGGCUUCGAGCCAUGGAAGUCAUCGCCACCGCCGCCGCCGUCGUCAUCGUCGCCGUCGCCUUCGGUUGAGCAAGACGAUCGGAAACCUAAUGUGCCGUUGGUGAGGAGGUACUCCAUUUCAGCUACUUCCGUUCUUCCACAGCCCAAGCCCUCCACUGUCUCCAAGCUUGAGCGUUUGAGGACCAAUGUCAAGCUUGCUAGAGAAGACUAUUUGCAGUUAAGGCAAGAAGCGAGUGAACUUCAAGAAUACUCAAAUGCAAAACUUGAUCGAGUUACACGGUAUCUUGGUGUUCUAGCUGAGAAAACCCGCAAGCUAGAUCAAGUUGCCCUGGAAACUGAAGCAAGAAUAUCGCCGUUAAUCAAUGAGAAAAGAAGAUUGUUCAAUGAUUUAUUGACAUCUAAAGGAAACAUACGAGUAUCCUGCCGGACAAGGCCAUUAUUUGAAGAUGAAGGUCCUUCAGUUGUUGAAUUUCCAGAUGACUAUACCAUUCGUGUAAAUACUGGUGAUGAAUCCUUGUCAAACUCUAAGAAAGAUUUCGAAUUUGACCGGGUUUAUGGACCUCAUGUUGGACAAGCUGAGUUAUUCACUGAUGUUCAACCACUGGUGCAGUCAGCUUUGGACGGAUAUAAUGUUUCCAUAUUUGCUUAUGGACAAACCCAUUCCGGAAAGACACACACUAUGGAAGGAUCAAGCUAUGAUCGGGGUUUAUAUGCUCGUUGUUUUGAGGAGUUAUUUGAUCUAGCCAACCUGGACACAACAUCUACUUCACAAUAUAAAUUCUGUGUUACAGUUUGUGAGCUCUAUAAUGAGCAGACAAGGGAUCUACUUUUGGUAUCAGGGAAAAACAUGCCUAAACUAUGUUUGGGAUCACCUGAAUGCUCCAUAGAACUGGCGCAGGAAAAAGUUGAUAACCCUCUGGACUUUUCUACAGUUUUAAAAGCUGCAUUUCAGAGUCGGGGAAAUGAUUUAUUAAAGAUUAACGUAUCUCAUUUGAUUGUCACGAUACACAUAUUUUAUAACAAUUUGAUCACUGGUGAAAACUCAUAUAGCAAACUUUCUCUGGUUGACUUGGCUGGAAGUGAAGGUUCAAUAACAGAAGAUGAUAGUGGUGAGCGUGUCACAGAUUUGCUGCAUGUUAUGAAGUCACUUUCAGCGCUGGGAGAUGUUUUGUCUUCUUUAACAUCAAAGAAGGAUAUUGUUCCUUAUGAAAAUUCGGCAUUAACGAAAGUACUUGCAGAUUCACUUGGUGGGAGUUCAAAAACUCUGUUAAUUGUGAAUGUCUGUCCAAGUAUUUCGAAUUUAUCUGAGACAUUGUUGUCUCUAAAUUUCUCUGCUAGAGCUCGAAACUCUGUAUUAAGCCUUGGAAACCGAGAUACAAUUAAGAAGUGGAGAGAUGUUGCUAAUGAUGCACGUAAGGAGUUGUAUGAGAAGGAAAAAGAAAUCCAUGAUUUAAAGCAAGAGGGUCUGGGACUCAAGCAAGCACUUAAAGAUGCCAAUGAUCAGGGUGUUCUACUCUUCAAUGAAGUACAAAAGGCUUGGAAAGUUUCUUCUGCACUGCAGACUGAUUUGAAGUCGGAGCAUAUUUUGCUUUCUGAUAAGUAUAAUAUUGAGAAAGAACAAAAUACUCAGCUUAGAAAUCAAGUUGCUCAACUCUUACAGUUAGAGCAGGAUAAAAAAUUGCAGAUACAGCAGCAAGAUUCAACCAUCAAAAGUUUGCAGGCUGAAAUUAGAACUCUUGAAACUCAACUCAAUGAAGCUCUUAGAUCCAGCGAAAGUAGGUCAAAGUUUGUCUUAGAAAAAAGCUCUGAGACUCUAUCUGAUUCCAGACCAACUGGAGAUGGCAUGGAGACUUCUGCAGUAACCAAAAAAUUAGAAGAAGAACUCAAGAAACGUGAUGCCCUGAUUGAGAGGCUGCAUGAAGAAAAUGAGAAAUUAUUUGAUAGAUUAACUGAGAAAAAAUCUGUGGCUGGAUCGCCCAAGCUUUCAAGUCCAUCACCUCGUGAAUCAGUUAAUGCUCAGCCUCGAGAUAUGGGAAGGAAUGGCACCAGCAAUACAACAUCUCAGUCCAUGAAUGUUCUCCCUUCACCUUUGGCCACUGAUAAGAAUGACGGCACAGUUGCAUUAGUUAAAUCUGACUCUGAAAUAGUUAAGACUACCCCUGCUGGUGAAUACCUUACUGCUGCCCUGAAUGACUUUGAUCCAGAUCAGCAUGAAGGGCAUGCUGCCAUUUCUGAUGGUGCAAACAAGCUUUUGAUGCUGGUUCUGGCUGCUGUCAUAAAAGCCGGUGCCUCUAGAGAACAUGAGAUACUUGCUGAAAUUAGGGAUGCUGUUUUCUCUUUUAUUAAGAAAAUGGAACCAAAGCGAGUUAUGGACACCAUGCUUGUUUCCCGUGUUAGAAUUCUGUAUAUACGAUCUUUACUUGCAAGAUCCCCAGAGUUGCAAUCGAUUAAGGUCUUGCCAGUUGAGUGCUUUCUUGAGAAGACUAAUACUGGUCGAAGUAGAAGUUCCAGCCGAGGGAAUAGUCCUGGAAGGUCUCCUGUGCAAUAUGUUGAUGAGCAGAUCCAGGGCUUUAAAGUAAAUUUAAAGCCAGAAAAGAAGUCUAAAUUUUCGUCUGUUGUGUUGAAGAUACGUGGGAUUGAUCAGGACAUCUGGAGGCAGCAAGUAACUGGUGGAAAGCUUAGAGAAAUUACUGAGGAAGCCAAAAUUUUUGCAAUUGGGAACAAGGCUCUUGCUGCACUCUUUGUACAUACUCCAGCUGGUGAGCUGCAGCGCCAAAUUAGAUCCUGGCUUGCAGAGAAUUUUGAUUUUCUCUCUGUUUCUGGAAAUGAUGCAUCGGAGGGGUCAACUGGUCAGUUGGAACUUCUUUCAACUGCAAUUAUGGAUGGUUGGAUGGCUGGACUAGGUGCUGCUCUACCUCCUCACACUGAUGCUCUUGGCCAGCUAUUAUUUGAAUAUUCAAAACGUGUGUAUACUUCUCAACUACAGCACUUGAAGGAUAUUGCUGGUACCUUGGCAACAGAAGAGGCUGAAGAUGCAGCACAAGUAGCCAAGCUGCGGUCUGCUCUAGAAUCUGUUGAUCAUAAAAGAAGAAAGAUUCUGCAACAAAUGAGAAGUGAUGUAGCUUUAUUGACAUUGGAAAAUGGUGGUUCACCAAUUUUGAAUCCUUCUACUGCAGCUGAAGAUGCGCGAUUAGCAUCUCUUAUUUCACUUGAUAGCAUAUUAAAGCAAAUCAAGGAUAUAACAAGACUUUCUUCUGUGAGCAUCUUGAGCAGAAGUAAGAAAAGAGCGAUGCUUGCUUCUCUCAAUGAACUAAAAGAUCAAAUGCCGUCACUUCUUGAAAUUGAUCAUCCAUGUGCUCAUAGCCACCUUGCAGAUGCUUGCCACAUGGUUGAGUCAAUUCCUGAAGAAGAUGACCACAUUCAAGAUCCAUCUCAUGGUCGCAAAUCAACAGAUCUGGGGUCUGGAUCUGAAAUUGAUGUGGCACAGUGGAAUGUACUCCAAUUUAAUACGGGUGCUAGCUCACCCUUUAUAAUAAAAUGUGGAGCGAACUCAAGUUCAGAACUAGUCAUUAAAGCUGAUGCUCGAGUUCAGGAACCUAAAGGCGGUGAAAUUGUGAGAGUUGCCCCUAGACCCUCCAUUUUGGAAAACAUGAGCUUGGAGGAAAUGAAACAAGUAUUUGCCGAGCUACCUGAGGCUCUAAGCUUGCUUGCCCUAGCAAGGACUGCAGAUGGCACUCGGGCACGAUAUUCUAGGUUAUAUAGGACUUUGGCUACCAAGGUUCCAUCCCUUAGAGACUUGGUCAGCGAGCUCGAAAAGGGGGGUGCUCUCAAGGAUGUAAGAACAUGACCGUGGAAGGGCUGGAUGGAUAUUAUGUGCCUCAACCAUGCUAAGCUCUUUGGGAGUUGGUUUAAGCGGUAUAACAUUUUCUGUCUUGUUUGCUUUACUCUUGGGAGGCAAAAUCUCUCUGUACAAUGUAAUCGUCACUAUGCGUGCACGUUUUGUAACACUAAUUUUUAUGUAUUUAUUUCCUGCAGUUUUGCUUA